GGGAUUCAAACUGUGAAAGCAACAGAGCGACAGCUUCCUUGGAUCUGAAGUCGACGAGAGGCCCUGAGAUGCAGACCCGUGUGGUCCAGAUCUGGGGUUUCCUGAUGACGGUGCUGGGCUGGAUCUUUGUGGCGUGCACGAUGGCCAUGGAGGGCUGGAAGAUCACGUCCAUCGGGGGCAUGGGGGGCUCCUCCAUCAUCAAGGUGGCCUGGUACUGGUCCAGCCUGUGGAGAUCCUGCUUCACCGACUCCACCGCUGUCAGCAACUGUUACGACUACCCGGUGCUCUGGUCCGUGGAGGGUCACAUCCAGAUCGUGCGGGGCCUGCUGAUGGCGGCUCUCAGCCUGGGGAUGCUGGGCUUCGUGCUCAGUCUGAUGGGGAUGGAAUGCACCUUCAUCGGAGGACAAGACCGGUCCAAGUACAAGAAGAUCUACGCUGGAGGAUGGUGCCACAUCGUCGGUGGUUUUCUGUCUGUCUGCGGCUACGCUGUUUACGCUCAGUAUGUGUCAGUGGAAUACUUCAACCCCGACUUCGAUGGACUGAAGUACGACCUGGGCACUCCUCUGUUCCUGGGCUGGGUCGGCUCAGCUUUCCACAUGACUGGUGGUUUUUUCUAUCUGUGGUCCGUGUGCACGCCGCUGUUUGGAGAAACACAAAUGGUGAUCAAAAUCCAGCCGCCAGCUGACCCAGAACAGAACAAGUCCACCACGGCUCUGUCAUCGGUGUCAGAGAUCACGUCGAAGACCAAAGUGUCGUCUGUCUCCGAGCUGUCGUCCAGGUCCGAGCGCUCGGACGUGUCGGCCAUCUCCUCAAGAUCAGAGCGCACGUCCAAGUCUGGACGCUCGGCCAAGUCAGGACGGUCGACGAGGACAGGGCGAAGUACCAAGUCUGCAGGGUCGGGGUCGGGGUCGGGGUCAGGGUCAGGGUCGGGGUCGGGGUCUGAGUCCGGCCUCUCGUUGAGGUCCAGUGUUCCGACCUUGUCCGAGUCGAGCAGCAGCAGCCGAGCGGUGUCGUCUCUGUCCGGAGGCUCGAGGAGCGAGACGACUCCGUUCAUCAGAAACACUUUUAUCUGAGGAGAAACAAACCGAGUCCUGAGUCAACUGGAUGUUUUGUAUGAAUAAAA